UUAUACUAAAAUUACAAAUGGCGUGUGCAUCGAUGUCGCGUUGCCCUUGAUUCUCCGAUAAUUACUGUUUUUAAAAAGUAGUUACUUCAUACUUUCAAAAAAGCGACUUUAUUAGAUCUGUUCUAGUGCUAAAAGUGUUAUAAACUGUGAUUUGUGGAGUGUUUCAAAUGGUGCCGUGAAAUAUUUGUGUAGCGUCACCUGACCGAGCUCAUUGUCAUUUCCCGCCAUUGUGGACCCUCUGUAAAAUUAUUUCGACUUUCUUCUAUUACCAAGUGCAGUGUUCAUGAAGAAUUCUUAAAAACAUUUAUCUAGCGAACUAAAGUGAUGUCAUUACACGGUAAUGAUGUCUGCUUGCUAGAAGUAGAAGACUACAACUUGUACGAAGAGGAGGCAUCGAAUCACGCUUUUGCCAGAAGUGAAAAACAUUCAGCAUCAGGUGGUAGGACGAUGGAGGCGGAAAAACGCAUCCGACGGGAGAUUGCAAACAGCAAUGAACGCCGACGCAUGCAGAGCAUCAACGCAGGCUUUCAGGCUCUGCGGACCCUCCUGCCCAGGCAUGAGGGAGAAAAACUCAGCAAGGCCGCCAUUUUACAACAAACCGCAGAGUAUAUCUACUCACUGGAGCAGGAGAAGACCAGACUUCUGUCCCAAAACUGUCAGCUGAAGAGACUACUGAACCAACACGAGGGCGGCGAGAUCCCUCUCAAGAAGAGAAAAAGCGAAAUAAUCUCCCACAUGGCGCCCACCACGAUCAUCCCCGACUCCACCGACGACGCCGUCGCGAACUCGCGGUCGCCGGAGCCCGUCGCCGUCAUCAGCAUCGGCUGCGUGAAGAAGGACGGCGAGGGCGCCGAGCUGCGCGUGCAGCUGGAGCGCGAGCGGCGGCUGCGGCGCCUGCUGGAGGAGCGCCUGCACGCGGCGGAGGCGCGCCCGUACCCCGAGCCGGCGGCGGCGGGCGCCGACUGCAAGCUGGAGGCGGAGGAGGCGGAGGCGCCGCCGCCGCCGCCGCCGGCCGAGGCGGGCGCGCCGCUGCUGGAGGCGGCCAUCAAGGCGGAGCCGCGCGUGGAGGUGGAGGUGCUGCCGGACGCGGCGCCCGAGGCGGCGCGCCUGUACCUGGCCAGCACGUCGCGCCAGAACCUGGAGACCAUCGUGGAGGCCAUCCGCCACCUGGAGGGCGACCACCUGUUCGGCGAGGCGGCCGACGCGCCGCUGGCGCUCACCAAGAAGCCGGCGGCCGUGGCGCCGGCGGCGGCGCCGCCCAGACCCGGAGUCAUCGUGGUGAAGCACUCGUGAUCGCGCUGAGCGCGGCCGAGGGCGACUAUUUUCGCUUUUGCUCUUUGAGCGUCCGUGACCCUCCUCGAAUGUAGUUUUAAAAUAUUAGUUGUUUAGUUGUCUUUUCCAAAGUGACGAAUCGAUAAGUCUGCGUCUUGUUUUUUUUUACGCGUCGGGAAUCGAUCCGCGAGCGUCGGGGCCGGGAGCGAACGUUGGCGCUGUGCUUAGUUUAGUCUCAAAUGUAAUUAUUUUAAUGCUAAAUUUAAUGUUAUUUUGUUACUCCGGCUUAAUCUAAUUUAUGACGAUAGAUCGAGGGAUUGACUGAUUCGGUUAAGGUAUUGGAAGGAUGACCGCCGCGACGGUUCUAGUGAGGUGAGAUAGGUAACGGGGUGGAUGAUGUUAUGUAGGCUUUGUGAUAAUUUUAAAAUGACUACCUGAAGAGUUUGGUUCGAUAGAAAACUACCACCGCGAAAGCAAUAACGCUGAGUAAUCGAUGAUGGUGUUACUGAGAGGUUGUUCGAAAUGAUACAGCAAUAUUUUGCAUUCUUAAUAUUUUACAAGCAUUUUUAGCAAUAUAAGAUAACCUACUAUAAUGUAUCACAUUUGACUCUCUGUAGCUAAGAGCGGCGUCUUGCCGCAUUUUGUACUAAUAUAGUAUUAUCAAUAUCAAUUCAUCAUAUAAUAUUCUAAGAUAUGUUUUAUAUAAUACAUGUUUCCUUAAAUCUGAUGUGACGUGAUUAUGAUUGACUUCUAAAUUAUGAAUAUGUAUUGUGUAUAUUGAAAAUAGUAAUCGACUUAGUCUUUACCGACUUAGCCAAAAUUGUAUAUCCAGUGUCUCAUUUUUUAUGCUUUUACAAUCUCCCAGUGCUCGGUUCGCCCUCGAAAUUAUAGCCAUUACUUACCAAUGAAGACAGUUGUCCAUAAAUAAAGUAUAGAUAAUAUUGUUAGUAUCCGAAAUUAGAGCAUUCCAUGUAGUUUCACACUUAUCUAAGGUUCAAUCUACAUGUAAAAAAUAGAUUGGAGAAUGAGUUACUAUUGUAUUAAAAUAUUAGUGUAAUUCGGUAAAUCCAAUUAAAAUAAACGAUCAUGGGCACUUGUAAAGUAAAUUGACCUGCUUCGUGGACGGCCGCCAUGCUGCGCCGGCGCAGCCUGCUAAUGCUCGGCAAGUGGCAUCUCAACGGAACCAUUUUGCAUGGCCAUUGUUAUGUUUUUAGCUGAAUUAUAGGUAGUCAAUAAAUUGAAGUCAAGACGAAAGGUCGAUUUCUAUAGUUAAAUAGAUAACUAAGCCCAAUUGGGCUUGGAAAUCUCGCUCGUGUUAAAAAAUGUAACAGGAAUUGGCGAUAAGCAGGCACUCCAACAAUUGAUGAUCUAAUCAUGUAUUAAACAUUAGUGUAUAUCUUCUGUUACUAUUUGUACUCUUAUUGAGCGUAGUGCGGGCCCGGUGAGCUCGCGUUAGGUGAUCAUAGACUAUUAUCGUUUGCUUCAGUGUGCUGACAUUUCGUUAGACGUAACUUACAGUGCUUUAGGUUAACGCGUUCCCUUGUAAGUUCUUAGAAUGUAUGUUAUUUUAGUUCGACUCAGCAACAGAGUGGAUCCGCGUCGUUUCGACAGUGUCGAGAUCCUCCAGGGUCGUAUUUUUUUUUAAGACUGAUCACUUCAUUAUUAUGUUCUGUAAUUUGUGCCACCAUAUUGGUAGUGAGCCGUGUUUGUGUGAGUGUGUAACGAAUGUGCAGCUCGUGUGCAUGCGAGGAACCCGGCGGCGUCGUAGAUCUUGUACUUCAAUUUUUUUGUGUAAGUGAUAAUUAGUUAAGUGAAUACGCGCCGAAAUUUUGUAAACGCCUUAAUUUAAUAAGAUCUUUACCCUGCCGGGUUUCAAAUGCGCGCGUGACCCGAGCAAGUAGCUGUUAAAUUGUGUCCGAUAUUGACAUGAAUCGUAACUGCAGCUUGCGAAGAAGCGGUGUAUAAAUAAGUAUACAACAAUGUGUAUAUCAUGAAGUAACAAAGUAUGCCGUUUUACUUUAUACGUUACUCGUUUCUCUCAGCUGUUAGGAGCGGUAAACGAUCUUCCUUAUUGCAAUCUCACUGCAGCCGGCAUGGGGUUGCACGGGGAGGACCUCAGGUGUAUGUUCUUGCUCUGUUUCUGAGUCCGUAGUUGUAAGAUUUGUCUGCCUACCGCCUUUACAUGUCAGUAUAGGAUAAAACAUAACUUGUAACAUAACGGACUCUGUUAUACUAUUACUAUUAGCGUAGUCAAAAUAGUAGUAAGAGAUUUUAAGUCAAAGAAACAAGUUGAAUUGUUUAAAUGUGUUAUUAUUUAUGUCUUAAAGUAUUAAAAUGGUUAUUUCUUAUUAAUUAGUUGAUAAAUGAUAUUUGUCUGUAUAUUCACUCAUGCUUGUUUGUCACAGAUCUGAAACCAAUAAAACACGAGACACUUUCAGUUAUAUUUAAGGAGAAGUUUUGUUUGUGGUGUCAAGUGAUUAAAAUUCAUGUAUAUGUAUAUUAUUUUAUGAGACAAGUGGUUAAGUGAAGACUGAUAGUAAUUUGAUAAUUAACAGACCCUGUAAUAUGGUGUUAUGACGAAAUACAACGUUAUGUAACAUAAAUAUAAACCAGUAAAGUUAGCCAAUAUCUGUUUACAUAGCUGUAGUUCUGCUGAAAGUUACUGAAGCUUUUUUUGUAUUUAAAAUAUGUUUUGUCUAGUGUUGUGAUGUUGUCAGAAACGUUCUCCAUUUCAUAUGGGAAAUAUUCUCAGCUAGAAAUUUAAUCCGUGUGUACUGAAAGGUUGCUUACGCGCUGCCGCUAGAGUCGCAAGGGUCCAUAAGCUACGAUAUCCGCUUAUCAUCAGGCGAACCGUAAGCUAAGUUAGUGUUGGUGGGAACUCGAGUCUUUUGAGUCUGACUUUGAAGAACUCGACUCGUUUUUACGAAACUCGGCGCUUAAAAAUCUUCCGAGUCUUUUAAGUCCCGAGGCGAGUCAUUUACUGAGUCUUUUUUAAGUGAGCCUCCGAAUAAAGACUGUCAACAAUUUCAUAGGCUUAACCUAAAUAAAAGUAAAGAAAUUAUGCGUUAUUGUAUUAUUUGUGUGCUAUUACUUAAAGACGACGCAUUCCAAAAUUUGCAAACAAAAAAUUGAGAGUUUUCUGCAAAGGACUCAAGUCCCUACAAAAGUCUCGAGUCUCUAACAAGUUGAAAAGAACUCCAGUUUAGACUUAAUAUGCGAGUCUGAAAAUCUGAGUCGAGUUUCAAAGCAAAGGACUCUUAGUCUUAACCUACACUAAGCUAGGUUGCCAUAGCGGUAUAAUAAAAAAAACGGAAAAUGUUCUUUAGAACGUUAUAACACUAGUUAGGUUGCUUUCUGCAAAACUACAGACGUUCACAUUAUCUGUGCAUGACCCAUAUUUAGAUACUUAUAUCUAGUCUAAGGUAGGUUCAUAGUUUUAAGAUCACAUUUUCCAGUUAAGUGAAGCAAUGAAGGUAGUGUUGACCACUCAUGCCUGUCACUGGUGGAUGGUGCCCUGUUUUAUUGGUUUUACGACUUAUUCGUUGUGAAUAUUUCCAUUUUCUACACUCUAUCGUAUUCUGAUUAUAAUAUGUACUAGUUUUAUAUGGAGGUUAGUAACCGUAGCUCUAUUUACUGAAAUAUAGGCGUUCAUAAUCAUAGGGUCGGUGGAACACACAAAUUAGUUAAGUUAGUUGCCGGCAUAAUUUGUUCUCUGCCGUAUAAUACGCAGGAAGCUAUACGAAAUUAGCUUUGUACCAUCAAAAAAUGCAUUUAUUGAUAGUAAGUUUAUUUUGUUUCAAUAUCUAGGUUAGAUUUGUUUUCGUCUAGCUUAGAUUCAAAUUUUAGUCUACUGUUAGCGGCGGGGCAUGAUCGCAAAUGAUUCUCAUCGAUAUUAACGCUAUCCCUGCUAUGUAAUUUUCUCCAAUAAACAUACGUCAAAAAAUAGUACCAAUAAUAAAUUAUUUUUCUCAUAAAUAGAUCUUAGUUGGCUAGUUAUUAUGGGAUACAGUGGUCGAAGCAGUCAUUGGUCUCCGGUUGAAGCCAUACGCUCGAUAGUGGUACAACAGAAAGACAUUUCAUUUCCGUAGUGGCCAUUUAAUAUAUCAGACUAAAGGUGUUCAGAAAUACCUGAACAUGCACUUUAACGCCUUGAUAAUAGAUUUGUUUAGAUAUUUCUGAACACCUUGGCCGCUGCGAUAUAUCUGUACCCCUAGUGUAAAUUUGAUUGACAUCAUAACGUGACGAACGCGUUUGCGUUAAGUCUCAUUUUGUAUUAUUGUUGUCAAAACGUCCCGCUUGGCGCGCUCUUUCUAAAUCCAAUACAAAAUGAAACAACGCAAACGCGUACGUCACGUUUCGAAAUCGAAUUUAUUUACACUAGGGGUACUGAUGUUGACUACGUAGCGUAUAGCGUCAACCUCGAGUCGUCAAGACUUAAGUUUUUGUGAGAAUCAACGGCGAUGUACAGAUCCAGUAGCAAUACUAGGUCAAUUGUUUAAGAACGCAAACCCUCGCUAACAUGCUCAUGUUCCUAUAGUAGGCGCAUAUUGCAACGUCUUUUAUAAUUCAUUAAUUAAGAUGAUGAUAAAGUGUAGAAAAUAAUGCAUGGGCGUUUCCUUUUUGAUAUGAAAUCGAUAAAAUAUAUUUCCUCUGAUUUUAAUUGUACCACAUUUGACCUAUAUUUACGAAUAUUUAUAAAACAUUGAUAAA